CACUGAAUCUUCAGCACAGAAGAAGUGUGUUCCUGUACAACAGCUCCUUGUCUUCUGGAGACCCUGUUAUUAACAUAGGCAUAUUCAGUGUAGUCUUUAACCAUUUCCAUACGCAAGAUUCUACUUGGCUUAUUAAAGAGCAUUGACAAACAACAGCCUACAGUGGCAAUGGGUUGCUCUGCUUCCGGAGCAGUUUCUUCCAAGAAUGGUCAGGAAAUGAAUGGCAAAUCCAAACCUUCGAAAUCACAGAGUCGGGUAAUAGUAAAAGAUGACCCGCGGAUACCCAUUGCAGGUCGUCAAGUGUACCUCCUCAAGAGGUCAUGGAAGGCAAUAGCAAGAAACAUGGACGAGACCGGCAUCACUAUGUUUAUGAGUCUCUUCGAGCAGAACGAGAGUGUGAAGAACUUCUUCAGUACCAUCAACAAAGACGUGACCUUGACGGAACUACGCGAGAGCGGACUGCUGGAGAGUCACGUGCGCGGAGUGAUGCUGACAAUAGAUGAGGCAAUGAUGUCGCUUGAUGAGCCGGACUUUGUCAUCGAUAUGCUUAUGCACGUUGGGAAAACACACUUGCGUUUUAAUAAGUUUGAUCCCGAAAUAUUUUGGCUCAUCCGGGAACCAUUCCUCAUGGCAGUGAAGGAGACACUCGGGGACAGAUACUCCGCCCACAUGGCUGAUAUCUAUCACAAAGCCAUCUGCUUCAUACUGACUACACUCAUCUCAGGGUUCAAGCUUGGGCAGAAGGAGAAGAGUAUCACUUCCAUCAAGUGAGAGACACGACGGCAGCAAUUUGCGCAACAUUUGAUUGGUGGCAGGUGCAUCUUUGUUUCGCAUUCUAAUAAACUACAGUGGACUGUAGAAGGAAUAUUACCUCUGUACAAAAUAUUGUGUAUCUUUUGGAUCACUGCAGUCAAACUACAAAUUAAAUAAUUGUCAGAAAUUUGUUUAUUGUAUUGGUAAUCAUAUUUAUCGUCAUCGUUUUAAUAUGCAAAACGAACAUAAAUCUUAUCAUGAUAUAAAUAACAAUUAUGAAAAUUCUAACGAUAAUUUAGCGCAUGCUUCAUCUCAACUUUUAACGUUGUAACAUCAGAUACAAAUUGUCUGACUUCAUAUAAAGAUUUUAUAAUAAGGAUCAAGACUAUAUUUUCCAAAGUUAUCGGAAAUGCAUUUAUCUGAAAUCAAAGCAUGAACUAUAUAUAAAUCAUCGAUAUGUGUUUGUUAUUUAUAGGCCUGUAAAUGCAGAAAUAACAAACGUUAUCAUAAUUGCCAUAGUCCGGGUUGGCGUGAGACUAAUUUAAUCUCAGUCAUGUGACAUUUAUUACUGCCAAGUAAUAUUUUGUGUAAGAUGCAUAGGCAUAAUUUUGCCGAAGCCAAUUCUGUUAUUUCCCACGAUACAAAUGAAUGUAACACUCAUAUAACGGUGACCUUUGUAGGUUCUUAGACAAAGUGUCGGUACAGAUCUAGAGAUAAUUCAUUGUCAGAAACUACCUACAUAAUCUUACAUCUGUAUAUCUUGUACACGCACGAUUCAACAGUAGACUCUUGAUUAUAUUUCAAGUUCUAUUUACAAAAAUAAUCCAAACAUAAUAUAAGUGAAUGAUAUUGUUUUGUUAAAUCCCCCAAACAGAGGUGGAAUAUUAUUCAACGCAAAUAUAUAAGUUCCAUAAAGAAAACACCAGAGGAACUGGCACACGUGUUAAAAGUGGGAUCAAAUGGGUGGCGUCAUUACUUUCAGAAGUUGCAAUUGAUAUUCAAGGAUUAUGAGAAUGAGUAUGAACGCUGAUAUGCCAAUUAUAGAGAGCUAAGACAUUUCUUUUUUAGUAUUCCAAAUAAUGAUAUUGUUUGUAUGGUGUCUCGGGGACACGUGUGAACACAUCUUUCCAAGGCGUUCCGACAGCACCUUUACCUGGCAGGUAGAUGGUGUUUACCUGCCAGUAUCCCACACCUGGGAU